AUGUCGUCCUGUGUCCCUAAUCGCGUCGAACUGAUGCUUUGCUGGCAUUCCUGGCAUUCCUGGCUGGAAGUCCAAGGUAAGAAUGCAGAUAUACUUGCCCCAAACCGCAGGACCCCCUUCAGGAAGAGCUUAUCAGGGUUGAAGGCAGUGAACGAGGACUUCGAGAGAGGGGGAGGCGUGGCAAUGAUCUUCACGAAGUCGAAAGUGAACCGCGACUGCGUGUUCGUCCAUUCAAAUCGAGUAGCUGCCUAUGCCGGCAUCUUCAUGCAAACUGCCGACCUGCCGUCCGCCAAAGCGUCGGACGUAGAGCUUGGAACACGAGACGCAACAGCGUUACGUUACCCCUCUCGAUUACGGAAAGGGAGAGGCCAGAAUGGCAUUGGCGUGAUCUAUUCAAGACUUUCUACUUCCCCAUCAUUAGUCGACUUCCUGCGCUCGUUACAGCUCUGCUUUCGACGACGUUGGCCGGUUAGGAGCAUCCACCCUGCUUGUCUCAGAUUAUCCUCUUCUUGGACUGGGACUCGCCUUAUUUGGAAUCUGGAUGGCGAUCAUAAACUGAACCCUGAGAAAAAUACAGUACAACAAGCGCAACAAAUCUAA